CAGAGUAAGUCCCUCGCUCAUCAGAUAGCGGCAGAGAUGGCCGCCUGUGGUUUGUUCCGCUCAUUUUCUUCCAACUUUUCCACAGUUUGGCCCUUACUUACCCGCUCACCGCUGCUCUCUCCUCUGAGACUGGCACCUACAGCUUAUAAUGGGAGAACACUAGCUUCUUCAAGCCGAUUAUCAGCAGCACUUAAAUUCACAGACAAACACGAAUGGAUUCGAGUAGAAGAUAACGGAACAGGUACAGUCGGCAUCAGCAACUUUGCACAAGAGGCGUUGGGAGAUGUAGUCUACUGUGGGCUACCAGAGGUGGGAACACAGCUUGCCCAGCAGGAUGAGUUUGGAGCUCUGGAAAGUGUCAAGGCAGCAAGUGAACUUUAUUCGCCCUUGACUGGAGAAGUUGUAGAGGUCAACACACUACUGGCAGACAACCCCGGUUUGGUCAACAAAUCCUGCUACAAAGAUGGUUGGCUGAUGAAGAUGACGAUCGCAAAACCCGCUGAGCUCGACGCUCUAAUGGACGAGGCAGCAUACGAGAGAUACAUCCACUCCAUCGAGGACUAACCUUUGGUUGUUUAACGAUUAUUAUGCUCCUGCUUUAUUUCCAUCAUUACUGGCAGGGAGGAGCAUUUGAUGUGCCUCUCAGUUCCAUCACAAUGCUUAGCAUCCAGCAGCAAAGGUUUGCAGCUCUGUACUGUUGAUCUGCCGGGGCUGUAGAAAUGUGAACUUUAGAAAGUCUUUACCUACUGAAAACGACUGACUUUAGGGGACCUCUCAGUCUGCACUGACUAAAAAAAAACCUGACUUCUUACAGCUACACAAUCUUUAAGCCGACGAAAAGAAAUCAAGUCAUUAAAAAAAAGCUUCCAAGCAUUUCAGUCAAACCUGAAAUUCAGCCUUUGUAUACGUAGACUUAAAAUGCACUUUGGUCUUUAUGGUAUUAAUUUGGUUUGUGGAUACUGUGGAUAUGGGACCUGUGUAAUAGAAAAAUAAACAUUUCCUUACAUGUUCA